AGAGCAGAAUCAGCUGAACUACAGAAGAAAUGAAAAUAUUAUAGGAUUUCUCCUGAAAUCUAUGAAAGAGGUGAAGCACAAGCCAUCCUGAAGAAUCUCCAGAACACGCAGAAAUUGUUUGAUACAUUUAACAGACAGAGGAAACAGAGGAAAGUCCCGACAUGGAGAAACAUCAGCACUCUGUCAAGAGUUUCACUAAACAGAGUGAUCUCAAAAAACACCAGCGCAUUCACACAGGAGAGAAACCGUAUCAAUGCUCAGACUGUGGGAAGAGUUUUAAUCAACAGAGUAAUCUCCAAAAUCACCAGCGCAUUCACACAGGAGAGAAACCGUAUCACUGCUCAGACUGUGGGACGAGUUUUAAUCGACAGAGUACUCUCAAAAUUCACCAGCGCAUUCACACAGGAGAGAAACCGUAUCAAUGCUCAGACUGUGGGAAGAGUUUUACUACACAGAGUGCUCUCGAAAUACACCAGCGCAUUCACACAGGAGAGAAACCAUAUUUCUGCUCAGACUGUGGGAAGAGUUUUACUCAACAGAGUGAUCUAAAAAAACACCAGCGCAUUCACACAGGAGAGAAACCGUAUCACUGCUCAGACUGUGGGAAGAGAUUUCAUCAACAGAGUCAUCUUAAACUGCACCAGCGCUUUCACACAGGAGUAAAACCAUAUUACUGCUCAGACUGUGGGAAGAGCUUUACUCAACAGAGUACUCUCAAAAUUCACCAGCGCAUUCACACAGGAGAGAAACCGCAUCACUGCUCAGACUGUGGGAAGAGUUUUUCUACACAGAGUAGUCUCGAAAUACACCAGCGCAUUCACACAGGAGUAAAACCAUAUUUCUGCUCAGACUGUGGGAAGAGUUUUACUGAACCGAGUAGUCUCAAAAAACACCAGCGCAUUCACACAGGAGAGAAACCAUAUCACUGCUCAGACUGUGGGAAGAGUUUUCAUCAACAGAGUGAUCUCAAAAUUCACCAGCGCAUUCACACAGGAGAAAAACCGUAUCACUGCUCAGACUGUGAGAAGUGUUUUUCUACACAGAGUAAUCUCAAAAAUCACCAGCGCAUUCACACUGGAGAGAAACCGUAUCACUGCUCAGACUGUGGGAAGAGUUUUACUCAACAGAAUCAUCUCCAAAAACACAAGUGCAGUAACACAGGAGAGAAAACUAUCCCAAAUUUGUUCCACAGCAAUUAAAAGUGCAAAUCCUAAAUCUUUCGGACAGAACACCUUAUCCUACACUAAUGUAUUACUCUGUCACUUGGGACACGUUCCACCAGAAUCAAACAUGAACUGAAUUUAACAAUGGAUUUUACAGAUUC